AUGGCAAUCGCCUCGGAUGACCUCUUCGUUUCCAGCCUCAUCUGCCUCCUCAGACUGCCUGUGAACUUCUUCUGCUGCCAAGUUGCUCUCAUCCCUGAGGCUGCCGCGGACUUAAACCUGCCCGCUUAUCGAAAACUAGCCGAGAAACUGGCCACGGCUGUGGGUGCGGCGGUACAGUUAGCAGUCCUGACCGAACACUGUGCCGAUCUCGCCCUCGUCGCGUUGGAAGCCGUGGAGAGCUGGCUGGAUGGUAGGUUGCUGUCUGGCGACAAGACCGCCGAAACUGUAUCCAUUUACUUGAAAGAAGCUAUUUAUGAUAUUUUAAAGGUUUCAUUUUCGCCAGCGCCCCUGUGUAUGCUUCUGACACGAUACUGA